UCCACAUGAGCUAUGCUCGGAUUGACAAAGUACAAACAAGAUACAAGGGUAGAGAACUACACUUCGAUGUAUUAUAUAUAAUACAAGAAAGCUUUAUUCAAACUAUAGACCGAUGGUUAAAGCCUAGGAAGUAGGAACCAUUGUUUUCUACAAAAUAAUAAUAAAUGUUCUUGAGACAAAACAAGGUUCUAGUGAAUCUCAAACAUAAAUUCUAAUUCAUAACUGACAAUUCGGUUGCCGUUGCCGCCUAGUUGCCGUCCCAUUGCCCAUGAGGCAUCUUAUGAUUCUCUUGGCUAUAAUGUACAAAUUCACAUAGAUAAAUCCCAAAUCCACCAUUUCCCCACCAGACUUUAAAUAUAUGCAUCAAUGGUUUAGAAAUAGAAGAAGAAUCAUUCAGCUUCAACCAAUUACUAUGGGUUCUCGAAUAUUCUUCCUAUUCUCACUUCUACAAUUCCUAAGCGCCAUACUUCCAUCACUAGAGGCAGCCCCCAAAAAUAACACACGACUCUUCAGAGAAUACAUAGGAGCUGAUGGAAAUGUAAGAUUUUCAGACGUACCUGUUCAUCCUGAUGUAGAGUUCCACUUCAUUCUCUCCUUUGCCAUCGAUUACACCGGUUUAUCUUCUCCUUCUGCGACCAACGGCAAAUUCAGAGUCUUCUGGGACGAACAAAACCUCUCGCCUUCUUCUGUUUCUUCCAUCAAGGCUCGGCAUUCAAACAUCAAGUUUGCUGUCAGCCUCGGGGGUGAUACGGUCGGCAAAGAAUUUGCUUACUUCAAACCCAAAUCUGUCAAAUCUUGGGUUAAAAAUGCUUUCAAGUCAAUCUCUCGUAUAGUGAAGGAGUAUCAUCUGGAUGGGGUUGACAUCGAUUAUGAACACUUCAAAGCAGACCCCGAUACAUUUACCGAGUGCAUAGGGCAGCUCCUACUUCGUCUGAAACACCAUAAUGUCAUCUCGUUUGCAUCCAUAGCACCGUUCGAGGAUGACACUGUGCAGUCUCAUUACUUAGCUUUGUGGAGGAAGUACGGACAUCUAAUAGACUAUGUCAACUUCCAGUUCUAUUCCUAUGAUAAAGGUACCACAGUUUCUCAGUUUGUGAAUCAUUUUAAGACCCAAAGCUCCAAUUAUCAAGGUGGAAAUGUUCUAGCAAGCUUUGCUACAGAUGGAAGUGGCGGUUUGACACCGGAAAAAGGGUUCUUUAAAGCAUGCAGCAUCCUUCAAAGCAGGGGCGAACUUCAUGGUAUAUUUGUUUGGUCAGCAGAUGACUCAAAGAAGAACAAUUUUCGUCAUGAGAAACAAGCACAAAACCUUUUGGCCAACGCAGAAUGAUCCAUCUCUUGACCAAAUUGCUUAUCUUUUACCAUCAAUUCAAAAUAAAUGACAGACAGCUGAGUGUUACCUGAUGCUAUAGUAUAAGCAUCAAAUCAGUACCAUCUAUUUUUUCUUUGCGUAUAAUAGUUGUCUUUCACACAGUUCUUCUUUCUUCCAAA